GUUGGGACGAUGGUGAUGAUGGGGCACCAACUGGAGAGGCUGGUGGGCAGCCUCAAGUCAAAAUUGAAGUCACUGAAGGCCAAGAAGCCUUAUGACAAGAUGGACAAAACGGAGAGCAUGAGGGUGGAGAUCCGAAGCAGGAGGGCUCAGAAGCUCAUAGCCAAGAACCUCAAGGUUGCCGAUUCCCUGGGCCACAAGGGUUAUCCCUUUUGAUCUACAUGUGCAGCUAUGUACCUGUUUUGAUUUACACACAGAACUGUGCACCAUGGUCCCUUUAUCUUUCGGCACACCAUGAUUAGUUUCAUGGAGAUCAUGAACAAGAGGGACCAAUAUAUAAGAAUAUAUAUGGUGCUUUCUAUGUUAAAAAAAAAAAAGGUUGUAGUUCCAUAUUAUAUCUGUGCUUUAUUAAGAUUUAGCACGUGGUGCUAAGAAACUUUGUUCUGUUUAAUUCGUAAACAGAUAGUAUGAGUAGGAGUUCUGCUAUUGGAGGUCUUUCAGGAAUCAUCAUGAUAAUUUGAUUAGAUCAAUAAAAAUUAUAUGGUAACUCGGCUAAAAUUAGCCGGUUUAUAUUCACUUUCA